AUGGCGGUCUGUGACGACUCCGGCGCCUUGCUUGCGGAGAGCGGCGAGAAACUGUUGGACGGUGAGGAUGAGGACGAGAAGGAUGAGCAGGAGGAGGAAUCUGUUCUGCAGCGGGAAAUCUCUGUCACAGGCGGCGAAGCACGGUUGUUGGGUUUAGCCCUGGCGGACGUCUAUGGCACCCGGGCCAAGAACGGCCUUGGCCACGCCAAGGACUACUACUUGGAGCUCCCUCCAGUUUCUUGCUCCAUGGAGAAAUGGAGUGAGCUCGCUUGUUUGGCGCGAGAAGGUGCCGUGGCCUGCUGCCCAACUGCUGCAGCAUUUUUCGAUGGGCUGUGCGAAGGUUUGGGCUGGGACGUCUACGAGUCGCUCUUGGACUUCGAGAUCUACACCCUUGAGCUGCAGCGCCGAGAGCGGGUGCAAGCUCGAAUCCGUCCCCCGACCGACACUUCCAGCAGCUCCGACAGUAGUGAGAGCUUGGUUCUCGAUGCAAGCACUACAGAAGAGGAAUCUGAGGUCUCGGGCACCGGGGCAGUCGACACAGAGGCCUCUGAGCCGUCAGGGAAGCGCAAGAAGCCGCACACUGGCCGAUGCACUGGCUUUGCCAUUGCCGGUGAUUCGAGCAAGAUCGGAGGCGUCGGUGACGCUGUGCUAGUGUCACAAACAGUGGAUCUUCCUGGGCUUCUUUACGGUUUUGGAGAUUUCGACUGUGUUCUGCGGCUACAGCUGCCUGGUUUGGAAAUUCUGGCAUACGACUGUGACGGCAGGUUCUGUCCGGUGGGAAUGAAUUCUGCUGGCCUGGGAGUCUGCGUGUUUAACCUGCACGACAGGCAGACAGAAGGCUUCGAGAAGCCGUCGGUUAGCGUCCAGACCUUGGUCUGGGAACUACUGCUUUGUGGCCACACAUUGCGCUCGGCACUGGCGUGGCUACAGCAACUGAAGCUGCCGCCAAUGUGCGGCAGCGGACUGCUCCUUGUGGAUGCGAGCGGCGCUGCCACGGUAGAGUUGAAUCCGGGUGGCCCUGUGAUCGGCGAUGUCCACCUGGAAGAUCCCGUUCUGCGGGCCAACCAUCCGAUUCUGUCGAAGUCUGCAACAACAUUCGGAGCCGGCAAAAAAGCUCAGCGUGAUUCGGAACGACGUCUGCAGGCAGUGGAGGCGGAGCUGGAACGGCGAAAGGACGCAGAUGCAAAGGAGCAGUUUGAUGGCGGCGCUGCCAUCUCUGUUCUGCGGAAGGCCAAGAAGGUCAGAAAUAUUGCCACCCUGGCGGUCAUUGGUCUCGAUCUACUGCGAGGCUUCUGGCUACUCAUGUUCCGAGAGCGGCAAUCGGUGUCAAACGUCGAGGCUGCGCGAUUUGCUGUGGAGUUUGGCUUGGUGCCUGGACCUCAGGCCGUCACAACUACAUUUGGAGCUCUUGUGAGCGCACAUCAAGGUGAUGACAUCUGA